CAAACGGGGUAAACUUGUCAGUUACUGGACGACGCUGAAGUUAGCUUCCGAAUUGGCAGUUAAGGGGAAACUAAGGGAAAGUUAACGCUGAAGUUAGCUUCUAUUGACAGCGUCCAAUUUGGCAGUCAAUGUUCCCUUAAAGGGAAACAUACCUUAUAUUGCUGACCGACUGGUCCUCCGUUUUUUGCACCUCUUACUGUUGUGAAACAUAGAUGUAUGAAAGCGUGGAAACGUGUUGGGUACUGCUAACGUCAAAGCAUUAAAAUUGUCUGAAACGCACUUUGAGAGAUGUGAAAGCUUUCUUCUAUUUGAGAAAAUGCUACAUAAUUAGCUAUGCAAUAAAGGGAAAUUUAAUCUGGACCUGCUUUCACAAAUGUUAAAGUCAGAAGCUUUAAUGCUUUAGCUAGCUAGCUAAAAGGUCAGUAAGAUGUACAAAUAAACGGAGCAUCAGUCGCUCAGUAGUCUCGCAUUGCCAGAUCUAGCUAUCUCCACUGCGCUGCAGAGUCGCUCAGAAAUGCAAGUUAUGUUUCCAUUAACAUAAACUUCGGAAUCGGAAGCUAUAACUUCAAUGUAUUUCACUUAAGUUUCCCCUUAACUGCCGAAUCGGAAGCUAACUUCGGCGUCAUAGUCACUGCGUCUUCAUCAGGCCACUCUUGUGUUUGUAAACGUUAGCUAGCUAGCCGUGUCGAGUAUGGAAAAGUUAACUGGCAUUAUCCUGCUGUAACGUUAACAGUUAACAGUGUGCAGUCCUCCUUGCCAAGGAAGGAGAGGCACCAGGGACCAUGAGUGAGAAUGGCCCUCAUACGUCGGCGUCAAUGUACUUUGAGGUGGAGGUGGAUCACCUGGAGCGGGACGACGACGACGACGAAGAAGAAGAAGAAGAAGACAAGAUCCACUUUGACAAAGAUGAUGACCUGAUCGCUGAGCCUUCAACGUCCGCUGGUCGGGUGUACGACCGCACUACAGUACUCAUUGAGCGCGACCCUAUCCGGCUAGAUGAGGAGGGCGAAGAAGAGGGUCACUGUGGAGGGGACGAAGACGGGGUCACCUUCCUAACUGAAGGGGAAGGCGAUGGAGAUGAGGAGGAUGUCUCGCUGGCUUUUAUGAACGACCCUGACGGCAUGUCACAGGGUUAUGUGCACCACACCAUUUCUCCAGACCAGAUCCAGUUCACAAUUAAUCCCGGCUCCACCCGCAUGCCACGCAACAUAGAGGGGGCCACCCUCACUCUGCACUCUGAGUGCCCAGAGACCAAGCUGAGAGAGGUCAAGCGCUACCAGUGCAUGUUCGAAGGCUGCACCAGGACGUACAGCACGGCAGGAAACCUGCGAACACACCAGAAGACGCACCGAGGCGAAUACACAUUUGUGUGUAAUCAACAGGGUUGCGGAAAGGCCUUUCUCACCUCUUACAGCCUUAAGAUCCAUGUCCGUGUUCACACCAAGGAGAAGCCGUUUGAGUGUGAUGUGCAAGGCUGUGAGAAGGCCUUCAACACGUUAUACAGACUAAAAGCACACCAGAGACUUCACACAGGCAAGACAUUCAACUGUGAAUCAGAGGGAUGCACAAAGUACUUUACCACACUUAGCGACCUGAGGAAGCACAUUCGCACACACACUGGGGAGAAGCCAUUCCGGUGUGACCACGAUGGCUGUGGCAAAGCCUUUGCUGCAAGUCAUCACCUAAAAACACAUGUACGGACACACACAGGGGAGAAGCCGUUCAACUGUCCCAGUGAUGGCUGUGAGAAGACGUUUAGCAGCCAGUACAGUCUGAAGAGUCACAUCCGGGGACACGACAAAGGACAGCCCUUCACAGUCACCCUCACCCAUCCGCUCUCUGAAGAUGCAAAUCACUCCCUGUGCCUCAGUGACUUGAGCCUCAUCUCUACAGACUCAGAGCUACGAGAGAACAUCCAUAAUGCUCACAAUUUGGACCUCAGCAAUGUGAAAAUCUUUGAGCUCAUGUUCCAGAGUCCUGAAAAUAGUGUCAGCCAAGAUGAUGCCCAUCCCAACGAGAGCCUUGCGGAACCAUUCAGCCUGGAGACGUCUACCCGGUCGGUAGUGACUGAUGGAUCGUCUCUCAUCUCUUUCUCUCUCCAUCCUACUUCCUCAUCUCCCUGUUCCCACAAAACUACAGUCAUGGAGGCUCCUUCCCAGCUCAGUCAGAGCUCUUCCUCUCAGGCCUCCACCCCUGCCGCUGUCCCUGCCACUGUCAGCUCCACUCAGCCUCCGCCUUUCAUGCAACUAACCGGGCCUCAGCAGAGCUCCGAUGUGCCUGCCCAGGCUUCUGUCCAAGCGCCAAACAACGUCACCCCCCAGCACUUUGUGGCACUGCCACCCACAUUCCUGUCGUCGGAUAGUGCCACCCAGACCACGCCUUUACCACCAGCCAUGUCCACUCCUCCUCCAGCGGCUCCAGCACUGACCACCCCAGCACCAGGCACCGCCCCUAUGUCUGUUGUUGCAGCCACCGCAACAGAUGCUCUGGCAGCUGUAUCUCAACCUGUGCCUUUGGCCAACAUUCCUGCCCCCAACCCUGGCCAUGGUUUGGCUAACACCCCUGCCACCAUCACCAUAGCUCCCACCCCAAACCUGCUGCAGCCCAGCCUGGUCAUGUCUGACCAGAACCUCCAGUGGAUCCUCAGCAGUGCUGCCAACAGCCAGCAGAACCCAGAACAAACGCCACAUCAAGGAGCUCCAAAAGUGGAAAAAGUUUUCUUCACGACAGCCAUACCAGUGGGAGGAAACGCUGGCAGCUCAGUCCAGCAGAUCGGCCUCAGUCUGCCUGUCAUCAUCAUCAAACAGGAGGAGUCCUGCCAGUGCCAGUGUGCCUGCAGGGACGCUGCUAAAGACAAGGGUUCAAAGAGUGCCUCCUCCAUUGUUUCAGCCCCAGCACAGCCGCAACCACCAGAGCCCCCUCCUCCCCCACUAUCACAACCCCCAGAGCCUCCGCAUCAUUCAGCCACCUCAUCUUCUUCAUGUUGCCCCCCUGAGUCUUCCUCUAAGGUGGGUGAGGUGAGGCUGGAGGCACCCUCUUCUUCUUCUUCCUCCUUCUCAGCUCAGACAUUCUCCACGAUAGGGAGCAGCACUGCCACAAACCCUCCCUCGUCUGGCGGGUUAGCCAAUAUGGAUGUCUCGGACUUCCUUUCCCUGCAGAGCCCUGAGACCGCUGCCAACAUUGAGGCUCUGCUGCUGGUCGCUGACGACUUCAACAUGACCACUGAUGGCAAUCCUUAGAAGAGAUGCCUUCUGAGUCUGGCACCGUGUGUUUGUCUCUUGCGCCAACUCAUCCACAGGCAUCAAUUCCUCCCACAUCUCGAGUCAUUCUUCACAGCGACGCCUCUUCUUUCUCCCUAUAUAGUGUGUGUAUCAAACCCCCUGCAUCUGCAGUGCAUUCUGUUCUGUAUAGCAUUGUGCUAUAUAUAUAUAUAUAUAUAUAUAUAUAUAUAUAUAUAUAUAUACAUACAU